AUGUUCUUCGUACAAGCGUCACGAGAAGCAGCAGCAACACUCUUGAAAAUCAUCCAGCGCUACGGGGAUGCAUCCGGCCAGGCAAUCAAUGUGGAUAAGUCCUCGAUCACAUUUUCUAAGAGAACUCCUCAGCCCCUAAAAGCGAUAGUGAAGAACGUGAUGAACAUCCAAAAAGAGGGCGGAGUAGGCAAAUACUUAGGCCUCCCGGAACACUUUGGCAGGAAGAAACGAGACCUUUUCUCGUCCAUCGUCGACAGAAUCAAACAGAAAGUAGGCUCCUGGACCACGAGAUACUUGUCUGCGGCAGGGAAAAUGGUCCUGUUACAGAGUGUGCUGUCUCCUAUCCCCUCUCACGCCAUGACAGGUUUUCAACUCCCAGUCUCACUAUGCAAGGAGAUCCAAUCGGCCAUCACAAGGUUCUGGUGGGACGACAGCUCGGGCAAGAAAAAGAUGGCAUGGAUAGCUUGGACGGAAUUGACAAAACCAAAAGCUUUGGGCGGAUUAGGAUUCAGGGAUUUUCAACGAUACAACGAAGCAGCACUUGCAAAACUCAGUUGGAGGAUAUUUGAAAACCCUGAUUCUCUGCUAAGUAGAAUGCUAAAAGGGAAAUACUUCCCAGAGACUGAUAUCCUGAGCGUAGAAGCUGUUACAGCUAUCUCACACGGGUGGAGAAGUGUACUAGUUGGUAGGGAUCUAUUGGUUCAGAACUUGGGUUGGGUUGUGGGAAAUGGUCAGAGCAUCAACGUUUGGUAUGACCCUUGGCUUGAUCACUCGAAACAGAAGCGACCUUACGGGCCAGCCUCAGAAGCUUUUGUGAACCUUACUGUGGCUGAUCUGCGAACAAACCGUCAAGGAGAAUGGGACGUAGAGAAAAUUCGGUUGUUUCUACCACAAUACGAGAAGGACAUCCUGACCAUCAAACCAAGCAUCAAAAAUGCCCAAGACAAACAGGUCUGGCUAGGAACCAAAUCAGGAGCUUACUCUACCAAAUCGGGCUACUAUUUUGCUAGCUCAGGAGGAGGGAGAAGAGGACACAAGACCGAGUGUGAACUGCCCCUGGUCUGGCGUGAUGCCCCCUUGGCUUUGGGUUUUGAUCAUAGAGGAAUCGUAGAUUUAGACACACGAUGGACGUCCCUCUGCUCAACUCCAGCACUGCCCCCCACAGGGCUAAUUACGAGUCAACUAGUUCCAUGGAUCCUCUGGACCUUGUGGAAAAAACAGAACAGAUUCGUCUUCAACGGUGCUUCUGCAUCACCAGAGGACACACUAGCUACCGCUAUUCGAGCGGCCAAGGAAUGGGAACAAGGGCAGAAGAUAGAGAAGGUUACUCCUCCUCAGUCAACGCCAUCGGCAACUGAAGCGUGCACUGCAGCUACCAUCGUUCGCACUGAUGCAGCCUGGAGGAAGGAAGAUAAAAAAGCUGGGCUCGGCUGGACAGUGAAGACAGAGAGGUUUGAAAUUAGAAGGAAAAAACCCCACGGGCACGUAUCUUCACCGCUCGUUGCGGAAGGGCUAGCCAUUCGGGAAGCUCUGUUGUUCUGCAGAGAGCAUAAUUUGAACGACAUACUCCUAGAGUCUGAUUCAGCACAGCUGAUAAAAGCGAUAAACCGAAAGGAAAGCAUCGCGGAGGUGCAUGGGAUUCUCUCGGACAUUCUCCACCUGAGCGGACUCCCCGACAUUUCGAUCUUGUUUUCUUGGAUCCCUAGAGAUAAAAAUCUUGUUGCUGAUUCCUUAUCAAAGGAAGCACUUUGUAUGGUUGAGGGUGUUAUUGCCCCUACCUAA